CCCGUGGCUGCGAACUCUACAGCGAAGGCUAAUGUGUCGGGUUUCAGCAAGCACAGGAGCUGGAAAGUGACCUAGCACAGAUAGCUUGAAGACUUUUGCCAGUUCGCUACGGUACUGCUGGAGCACUGAUCUGAACGUGUCACCAAAUGGGAAAUCACAGUCGUCAUUCUUCAACUUAGCAGCUCCUUUUUGCCGGCAAAUUUAAGUGAAUAAGCAGAGAACAAGUUGUUUUAAAUGCUCAUUUUAGGAUAACAAAGUGGAAGAAGCAACAGUUGCUUCUUUUAACAGACCCUUUCCUAAACGUAGUAAGUUUAGAGAAUAAAUAGCUUUUUUUUCUCUCGGUUUAUCUCCUCAUGAGUGCUGGAAAUUCGUGGAGGAUCUGCAUUUAAUUUUGAAUUUGAAAGAUGGAAAGUGAUCAGAACUGGCAAGUAUCUCCCCCGUCUAUCGCGGGGAGGUCAUGCAAAGAGCAUCCUUACAAAAAGCGGUCCUUGAGGAAUUGCAAAGACCUGUCUGCAGUAGCCGUCUGCAGCGCUCUGUCGUUGCUGUCCCUGGGAGUUUGCAUUUUGGCUUACCUGAGGACUUCGGAGCUGCAGGCAAGGGUUUUAAAUCUGGAAAAGGAAAGAGACACGCAUGUCUCUGCCUGGAUCUCACUCGACCAAAUGGAACCAGUAACGUUAGGCAGACUCGAUCAGAUUUUAGAAGAGAAACUGGCUGCCCACUUGCCCAGGGUACGUGAAGCCCGAGAAGUGCCCCACAGCUGUGUCUGCCCACCAGGCCCUCCAGGAGCAAGGGGAAAAAGAGGUCGCAAUGGUGAUCCAGGUCCUCCUGGCCCCCCUGGAAGAGCUGGCUUUCCGGGUGACAAAGGAGCAAUGGGAAUUCCUGGAAGAAUGGGGUUAAUGGGCGAGCCUGGUGAAAAGGGAGCACCAGGGGAGCCGGGAAUGUCCAUCAUUGGCCCACGUGGACCUCCAGGCCAACCAGGAUCGAGGGGUUUUCCAGGAUUUCCGGGUCCAAUUGGUUUGGAUGGAAAGCCAGGAGAAAAGGGACUGAAAGGAGAUAUGGGGUCACGGGGGCCUAAAGGAAGCCAAGGUGAGCCUGGUCCAAAAGGGGAAAAGGGAGCAUGUGGAGAUUACUCUCAUAGGGAGCUCCCAGUGAAAACAUUAGCUGCGCUACGCUCCAAUCAGAUCCUGGUCCUCAAGAUGUUGCCUAUCACCGUUCGCAACCUGCAUCCAAUGAGCCCUUUAAUCCUAAAGCGCUUCAAGCAGGGCGACAAGGGAGAGCCAGGAAUCCUGGGACCCCCUGGCCCACCUGGACCUCCUGGGGCCCCAGGACCAGAAGGUCCCAGUGGGAUGCCGGGAAAACCUGGAGAACCAGGAAAGCCCGGAAAAGAUCCUAAGAACAUGCCAGGAAUGAAGGGUGAACCAGGGAUUCCAGGCUUGCCAGGACAGAAGGGAGAUGCUGGUGAGCCAGGCCCUCUAGGUCUUGAAGGUCCAAAGGGAUCGAAGGGAGAUGAAGGUUCCAAGGGAGAAAGGGGAAUGCCCGGGAUGCCUGGGAAACAAGGAGUGAAGGGAGAGCCAGGUUUUUCUGGAGCACCUGGAAGUAAGGGUCAAGCUGGAAUCCCUGGUAUUCCUGGCAAGAGAGGUUAUAGGGGGGAAAAGGGUGACCCUGGCACAGCAGCUGAUGGAAUGAAAGGGGAGUCAGGUCCUCCGGGACCACAGGGCCCUGAAGGGCCUAAGGGUGAUAAAGGAGACCAGGGAUCCAAGGGUGAAAAUGGAUCAGAGGGACCAUCUGGACCAAGAGGUCCUCCAGGUCAGAAGGGGGAGCCUGGGAAAUCAGAAAGCUUUGACUACAAUGGAAACUUCAAUGAGAAGCUGCAGGGUCCCCCUGGUCCCCCAGGGCCUCCAGGAUCCCCAGGUGUGAAGGGUGAAGUAGGAUUACCUGGCCCACCGGGUCUUGAUGGUGAAAAGGGCCCCCGAGGGAAACCAGGAGAUCCAGGGCCCGUGGGGCCUGCAGGCCCUGAGGGCCCUAAGGGAGAGAACGGACUCCUGGGCUUCCCUGGACCUAAAGGAGAGAAAGGAGAGACAGGCCCCGCUGGAUCGCCAGGUUUGGAUGGUCCCACUGGAGAGAAAGGGGAUGCCGGUCCACCAGGUCCAAUAGGAUUGUCGGGCUCACUGGGUCAAAAAGGUGAAUCUGGCCAGAAAGGGGAGAAGGGAGAUAUGGUCUCUGGACCUCCUGGGCCCCCAGGAGUUCAAGGACCAGUUGGCCCUGCGGGACCUCCUGGACUGUCAGGGCCAAAGGGGGAGCCAGGCAUUGAUGGCACCAAGGGAGUUAAGGGAGAUGUGGGACAAAAGGGAGAUAAAGGAGACAGAGGGCCUCUCGGACUGCCUGGUGCUCAUGGUUUAGACGGCAGGCCUGGCCCAGUGGGUCUUCUAGGGCCAGCCGGAGUUCCAGGGCCAGCAGGACCAAAGGGAGAGAGGGGGGACAAGGGAGACGCAGGUGCUCCAGGACCAAUAGGGCCUCCAGGCAUCCCUGGUUUACAAGGACCACAAGGACUAAAAGGGAACCGGGGGGAGAGGGGCAAGAAAGGCAACAGGGGGGCCAAAGGGGAUAAGGGAGACCAAGGAGCACCUGGAUUAGAUGCACCCUGUCCGUUGGGAGAUGAUGGCUUGCCAGUUCCAGGAUGCUGGAAUAAAGGUCAAACACCUUUUCAGCUGGCAAAGAAGUAGACGUCUGACAAGGCAAUGCUUGGAGGACAUGACCUUGAUGAAGUUGCCGAAUGGAACUUGCACAAACCUGGAAGAAUCCUUGAGUUUGCACAGAUUCAUUUGGGAUUCGUGGGUUUUCCAGUUGCAGACCACCAUCACUGUAGUUUUGGAUAGCUACAGGAGGAGGCAGCAGCGAGCAGGUUGGCUUCAAUAUGACUGGAAAAAAAGGGCUUUGCCUUUUUUCUAUUUAUUGAAGACAUCAUGGAGAAUGGAAGUCCAGGGAAUGGAUGCAUUUCUUGAGUUUUGUAUGCUUUGUUAUUUUAUUCACUAUGUGAAAGAACAUGAACUUUUUAUAGUGUCUUUCCUGUUUGUUUUUAUUUUAUUCUAACAACUGUGAUUCAUUAAUUCAGAGCAGCUCACAGAACGGACAUAUGUCAUCUUGAUGUUCUUGUAUUUCCGCCAGACAAUUGCUUUAGAUGAUUCCUGAGUUAACCCUCUCACUGCCAGUUCUCAUGUUAAGUAAUACAUUAAGUUUGGGACCUAUGAAAUAAUACAUGUAUUGCAAGACAGAGAAAGAUAAAGAGGAAAUAGGAGCAGUAGAUGUACAGUAUAGAUAAAGAUACUCUUUGUAUGAAUAUUAUCCACCUUCCCUUGGACAUUUAAAUGGUUUUCUAUUACAAUGCAUGAUUAAUUUUUCAAUCUGUUCUACAGUACGUUAGUAGUGCAUUAGACUACUUUGGACACCAGUAGGGCCUUUAUGAAAAUCACUCCAGUUCUCUUCAGACAAAUUAUAAAAGUUAAAGGUGCCUCCGAUGUAUGUACUGUAAGCCCAGCAGAUAUGUUUCCAAUGCUUGUAAUAUGUUAUUUCAUGGUAUUUUCUAUCACACCUCCUGGUAUAUUUCAGAGUCUUUUGUCAUGUCUAACUGGUUAACGUGGAAGAAAUUGGAUUACAUAUUAAUCCCAUACAUAGCUAAGAAGGCACUUGUGCUAAAUUACACUAAAACAAUGAAUUGGAAGGUUUAGAAACUAGCAAGUCCUACUUAAAACACAUGCGAAAGUGCUUUCUUUCCAAAACACAGACUGAUCUAAAACAUCAUCCAGUGCAUGAAGGGCUGUACCUGUUACAUUAUUCUAUUAAAAAGCAAUACAGAAAUACUGUAUGUGCUCACAUAACAGCAGCAUAACAGGGAGACUAUUUCUACUGCUUUUGCCACUACCUCUGUCAAUCUAUUAUUGCAGUUCUAGUAGAUUUUCCUUGGCCCUUUCAUAAUCCAUUACAUUCUCUGUGGUGGUGGUCAGUCACAAUCAAAACACUUUUAGAAAAAAAACAACUUUUUUAAGUGAUCAAUUACUCAGUUAUGCUUUAUGGUCCAAAUCCCAUUUUAUAUAAUAGGAGAAACAUUUUUGGGAGCAAUGCAGACAACACUAAUUAAUAACAAAAAUGGUCUAAUAAAUUCUCAUCUGUAUGUUUUAGUGGUAUUUUUUUUUUGUAAACACAUUUUUUCAGUGUCCAAUAAGAAUGCAGAUGUCUAAAUUCAAACACUCCUGGAAACAUAGAUUUAGCAUAUAUUAACUGAACACUUCUUAUUUUCUGAAUGUUUUCACCAAUUAAAGGAAAUGCCUAAUGUUUACAGUGUACCCUGUUAUAUUCUACAAAAAUAAUAUAUAAAUAUCUGAAAUCUAUAAUUAAGCAGGAGUCCUACGUCUUAACAAAAUAAAACAACAGAUUCUACUCAUGUCUUUUUAGACUGAUGUCAUUUUUCCCAUAAUACUAGUGUUUAUCUUUAAAACCUAAAAAUAGAAAAUAUAUGAAUUAUGGGUGAAAUGAGCAAUAAGCAAAGUUAUGUAAAUUGAGUUGUUGUUGCUUUGUUUUCUAAGCUUUUGAAUUACAACAUUGAGUAUUGAUAUGAAGCCUAAAUGCCAAUAAUACAGAACAGAAAGUAUAUGGAUAUUGGCUAGUCAUUAAAGACAUUGUUGCUGGAAAUUGGAAAAACUUCAAAGAGUGCAUUUAUCAAGAGUCAGUUUAGGUAUGGAAUUGCACUGUCCUAACCCUAAACAGAUGCCAAUUAGGAGGAAACACAAAAGCUUCAUCACCUUUCGGUUUUACUCAGCUCAAGUCCUGCACUAACCUAUCCCUACCCCUUCAUUAAAAUAACAAGUAGUAUAAAGGUUGUUCACAAUCUUGUUUUUCCUGAAAAUGUUUAGGUGAGCAAGUCUGACAGAAGGCCUUUUUUAGCACUCCUACAAUUAUUCAUUAAUCCUUCAAUGUGUUGAGAAAUAUGGGCUUACUAGACACCUGCCUCACCUUCACACCUCAUUCAAAAGUAUAUAGAUGCUCCAUUCCUAAUAACUGAUAAGGUUCUGAAAUGAAAAAGAGCUGUAUAGUUUCCUUUUUGUAGAGAAAAAAAGUUAAGCAUCCCCGCAAAUCUGUAAACAUUUGAUUUAUAAUUAAUAAGAACAUUUAAAAGAAAAUCUUGCAUAUUAAAUCUUUAUAUAGAAUAAUAAUUCCAAUACAAUUGUAUUACUUUUUCUAGAACCUCAAAGCACUGUCUACUAUCUGGUUGGUAUUAUACAACAAAAGCAAGAGAAAAUGCAUUACAUUUGUGAAGAUAAAAGUAAAGCUAAAUUGUAUGUUAAAAGCUUCAGAGAAUCAUUAGGACUUUAAUUGAAUUUUAAAAGUACCAGCAGACACAGAGUUUCUAAUGGAUUUAGGUAAUGAGUUCCAUCAUUGCAGAGGUGCACAAAAGGUUCUUUCACCCACUGGAAUUGAAUUGAAUCAGUCCGGAAUUGACAGAUGCCACACUGACAGUCUAAUUUAACACGUCCUUAAAACAACCUGCAGCCGGACUAUUUCAUAGCCCAUAGUAUAUUAUUAUCACUAUUAUUCAUUACCUUAAACAUAGCAUUACCACCAUACAUGUUCUUUCAAUUCAUAUAUUGCAAAAGCAGAGGAAAUCAUUUCAAAAGUUUGUUUUCUCUGUAACCCAGUCUUCAUAUUGACACCAUCCUAAAUAUUCACUUCCUUUUAGUCACACAGUACUGUAUAAUACUUAGUUCUAAUCUCUUACAGUAGAGGUAAGUCAGCAUUUUUCUAUCUGAAAAAUAAACCGAGCACUGAUCCAUGUGGUUUAAUUUCUUUACUCAAUGCUUUUCUGAUCUUAUUCAUUGGCCUGUUCCAGUUUAUUGUUUUAAAGAUUAGUGUAGAAUAUGUUUUGCACAAGCAUUCCUAUUGUCAUCAAGCAUUUUUGUGAACUUGUUUGCUUGCUAUAUACUAUUGUUGCUGGGCUCCAUCCUGUCAAAUCAAUCUGAACAUUUUAAAUGCUUUGAGUAUUAAUAUUUUUUUAAUUAUCUUUUCUUCCAAUGAAACCCUCGCACACCUCUAGUUUUUCUUUGGCUUAUUGAUGCCUCUAUGAAUAACACUCCACGUACCGUAGUUGUAGAGUACAGUACUGUUUGUCACUCAUUUGUUUUAAUUACAUGAAGCUGAUCCACAUUAACAGUAGGGUGGUGUGGGAGCAUCCACACACACAGAAUCCCUUUUACUAUGGGGAAAAGAGGAAACUAGGGCUGAAGGCAGCCCAAGCCUGCUGUUAUCAACCUUCCCAACCUAGUACAGGUCUUUCUGUUCCCCGAUAUCUAAUCUAUCUAUCCUAUGCUAUUAAACCAGGAUAACUGAAAACCUCACACAGCAGCCGUCGAUUUGCUAUUUCAGAAUGUUUAAUGUUAUUUUAUAUUGUCUCAUUACGAGACUGAACCUUUUAAUCCUAAGGUCUUUGUGUCAUCACAAAUGUUUUCACCAUUCUGAACACCCUCUUCUGCAUGCUGAACCUUUUUUGAGAGAGUGUACCCUCUUAUUUCUCACUGAGGUGUCCUGGUACUGUACGACACUCAGAAUCAGCUGCUCCACACAUUUAUAUCUCACAGAGUGCAAGGCGCAAAUAUUUUGGACCAUAUUUUAGUAUGACAAAAUGUGUAAACAAGAUAAACAAAAUAGACUGAAAAGGCAUGUUUAAUUGAAAUUUCUUCAAGUUUAAAACACUUAACAAAGCAUUUACACAAAUAAAAUGUGUUUAGUUUAAAGUCAAUUUGGUGUGAAAGUGCUAGAAAUGAUAGGCAUAACUACAUAGCUAAUAAUAAAGAAAACUAACAUAUCUGGUUUGACAAUUUAACAAGACUGUUUUUACUUACACUUCAAAAUCCCUCUCUUACUGUACAUGUAUAUCCCUGCAUGGUAUAAAGAAAGACAAAUGAGGCCCCAUACAUGGAUGUUUUUGAAAACUAAAAAAUAUACAAUUCCACAUGUAAAGGGACCCAUAACAUACUAGACAGGCAGUGAAAGGGUUAAUUAUAAUAUAUUACAUUUUGGAGUCCAACCAGAACUGCAGGCGGUUUCCCUUUGGAAAUUAUGUCAGUAUUAUUUGUUAAAUGAUAGUCAGAAUAAUCUACUUUUUAUUAAGUAAUUUUGUAUAAUUCUUUAAAAGUAUUUUUGAAUAUACGGAACAGUAUGUUCUGUUCGAUAGUGACUUCCUUAAUUUUUAAAGUAAUCCAUGAAUGAAAAAGACAUUGAUUGUGUAUAUUUCUUUCUCACAUACUGUAACAAUCAUUUUUAAUGUCGCUAUAUUCUUCAAAUUGUACCUUGUAUUCCCUGGCCUUGAGGAUUUUCAGUCACGUGUAUAGUUUGAGUGAAAUUUUUUUCAUGGUUGGUCCUUUAGUUUCCAAAUUUUAGUUAUGGAAAAGCUCUCUAAAUUAGGUAAAAAAUAGUCCCUUUUGAAUCCCAGCUCCAGAAAUGUCUUGGAGUUGGCAUUCUGAUUUUGUAAUCGGAAGGCACCAGAUUUGUGGUGAGUUUUUGUCUAAAGCCAGUGCUAUGACUUUCUAUAUGAUAUGAUAAUGAAUUGUUCUGCAUCACUAACGCCUGUUCCAGUCACAGAUUGAAGGGGUUGUGUAUAUUAUCUCUAUUUUCCUAAUUUUACCAUGCUUGCUGGUUCAGGCUUAAGUAUGUUCUGUGUAACAUUCUAAAGUUUAUUUUUCCUGAAAGCAGCAUUUGUUGUGCUCACUACAGAAAAUUCUUUCUCAGACUUUCUCAGAAGCUCUUUGUCAGCUGAAGUCACUUACUGUAAAGUGGAAAUAACAGUUGACACAGAUCUGUAGUAAUAGUUUCUGACUGAUAUACUGAACCACAUGUCUUCCUUUCUUUUCAGAUUCAAGAUAUUUCUUUUCAGUUUCAUGUUAAUUUUCUGGCAUGGCCAACUUUAUGAUAGUGAGCUUUGGAAUGUUUUUUCAGAAGCCUUUGUUAACCCUUUUAUUAUCAAUGCUGGUAGAAAUCUGAGGAAACAACAAGCAUGAUAUGGAAUAUACACUGUAGAGAACUGAGCCUGUCAGAGGCACCGAUGACACAAUAUACUCCUUUAAAUACAUUUUUACACAUAUAUUCAGAAAAAUGAAAAAUAAAAUAUGAGAGACCUGCUACAGAUUCUAAAUCAAGACAUUUUCAUAUUUUAUAAUCUCAUCACAGUCUGGCUUUCAUUAUUAGAAAAUUGCCACCACAAAAACAUUUGACAGGAUGUCAGUGGGCCUGAAAAUAUUUUAAUAUAUUGCUUAUUUAUAAUCAGUUGUUCUUAUUGAAAUAUUAAUUUCUGAAUUUUUUAUUGUUUGAAACCCCUCCAGGCUGUGCAAAUGGUACU